AAAGGACUCCUACCUCUUGCAAAAUCUCAUUAAGUCCCCAAAUAUUUCUGGGUCUUCUCUGGUUUUCCCAAUCCCUUCCCAAAAACCGUGUUUGGGUGUCUUUCCUUUUCCAAAACCUCAUCCAAAACACCAAAGAUGUCUGGGUUUUCUUUGUUUUUUCCCAAUUCCCACUCAGAAAUCUCUUCUGGGUCUCUCUCCUUUUGAAAUAAUCUCUUCUAAAACUACAAAACGUUUCGAGGGUUUUGAUAGUUUUUGAGAAUCUCUGCUGCAUUUUGCUUGAGAUGUCUUCUUCAAAUAAGAAAACGUCCGAUACGCUUUUCUGGGCUCGUCGAACCCUCUUGGAGAUGAUCAAUGAUAGGGGUUAUGUUGUUUCCAAUGCAGAGAUUGGGAUGACGAAAGAAGAGUUCGUCGAGAAGUUCGGAGAGAAUGUCAAGAGGGGAGACCUUAAUUUCAGCCGGGCCAAGCGGAACAAUCCGACGGAUGAGAUAUGUGUCUUCUUUGUAGAGGAAGACAAGCCUGGUAAAAAUGUCAUUAUCUCUUAUGGAAAACGUAUGGAAUCUGCAAAAAUCUCUAGAGGAAUAUUAGUUGUCAGAGAGACGGCAACUCUCUUAGUAAAGAAUUUCAUCGAGACCAAUAUGCCAAAGUUUCACAUAGAGUUUUUUCUGGAGGGAGAACUAUUAAUCAACAUUACAAGGCACUAUCUUGUUCCUAUGCAUGAGGUGCUUACAAAUGAUGAAAUUAAGACUCUGCAGAAGCGUUAUAACGUAAAGGCAACACAGCUUCCGAGGAUACAAGUCAAAGAUCCGAUUGCUCGAUACUAUGGCCUCAAGCAGGGACAAGUAGUGAAGGUCACCCGCGGGAGUGAAACCGCCGGCAGAUACAUCACCUACCGCAUUGCAGUAUGAGUUCGUACCAACUUCUAACAGUCACAGUCUAUAUCUUUUUUUCCUUCUUAACCUACAAGAUAGGCAUACAAGAUGCAGCUAAAAAGGCUAGGACAGUAGACCUUUUGGCUACAAGUCUGCAUACUCCAUACAUAAUAUACUAUGCAUGUGUUGGAUGGAAGCUAAUAUCGAUUAGAAAUAGCAACCAUGAUUUUCUUCAUGACUUGUUUGCAGCCAUACAUGUAACUGGACCGUUAUGGUACAAACCAUAGCUCUAAACCCCACUGACUCGAUCCGAAAUUCACUCAGAAUAGAAAUCUCACGGGUCAAGUUGACUCACCGAGUUUCGAUUCAAGUCUCUGAAAAAUUCGGCAAUGGGCCUGACAUGAUCUGAACUAGGAAAAACUCAGCAGGUUGACUCAAUAGAUCGGUUGCCUCAACAUGACUCAUUGUGAAUUGGACUGAGUCAUUCAGUUUGAGAGGCUGGAUUUUAUUAAAAAUAUAUUCAAACCCCCAACAUCAACCAAAGGAGCCAACGACUUUAACGGGUGACGUAUCUUAAUUGUUGUUGAUUUAUGUUCUAUGUUACCUAAAUGGGAUCAAACUAUUUUAAAUACCUAUUAAGAUGUCUUAUGUUUUCGUAUUAUGAUAAUUAAAUAUCAAAUCGGGUCAAAUCUUCAAGUUAACCUGAUACGGCCAAACAUUGAGUCGAGUCGAGUUUUUGGGCUUUUGAGAUAUGGUAGAGACGCAUGCUGAAUUUGAAUGGUCGAGAUAGUUGUACACCAGCUCCACAUGUAAGAAGGGUCGCCACCAUUUUGUAAAUUGUGCAAAACCGACAAGGGAAACUUCUUCUUUUUUUUCUUUUUUUUCUUUUAACACACUCACACCACAAUGGGUACUCGAACCCCUGACCUGUGUUGAAACUCUUGCGAGUCUACCACUGAACCAUGAGCAAGGGAGUCCAGUUACUUUUUCAUCAUUUGUCCAAAGCAAAACACUAGGGGUCUGUUUUGGCUUCAAGUAAUUGAGAAUGUGGAUUUGGUAGACCCAUGAAAUUGUCAAAUUCAUGGAUUUGUGGUGGAUUUGAAUUAGACAAAUCUCAAAGUCCAUUGUUUGAUAAUCAAGCUACAAAGUCA